CACAAGCAAUCAAUAUCCUAAUCUCUCUUCUUUUCUUUCCAUACCAAAUCCUACACAAAACUUCACACAUGGCUUCCCAACGUGACCAAUUUUCAACUUACCACAUAGAAAUUCCAGUUUAUGGAAAUGUGACCGAUCAACCAAGACAAUCUCCAAUCCCCGAAGACGACGAAGGUGACACCUUCGACUACUCCCAGAGGACACAGUGGCUUCGCGCCGCCGUGUUGGGAGCCAAUGACGGGCUGGUUUCCGUUGCAUCGCUCAUGAUGGGUGUGGGAGCUGUGAAACAAGAUGUGAAGGCCAUGCUUCUUGCCGGGUUUGCGGGGCUUGUGGCUGGGGCAUGUAGCAUGGCAAUAGGAGAGUUUGUGUCUGUGUACACUCAGUACGACAUAGAGAUAUCUCAAAUGAAGAGAGAGAUGAAGGAAAAUGGUAGGACAGAGAACGGAGAGGAGGCAAAGAAGAAGUCGCUGCCGAAUCCAGCGCAAGCCGCCUUGGCGUCAGCCAUUGCUUUUUCGAUAGGCGCGGUGGUGCCUUUGUUGGGAGCUGCAUUUAUAACUGAGCACAAGGCGAGGCUGGCCGUGGUGGCGGUUUUGGUGAGCGUCGCGCUGGUUGUGUUUGGAGGGGUAGGGGCGAGGCUGGGGGGGUCACCAGUGGGGAAGUCUUGUGCAAGAGUACUUGUUGGAGGAUGGAUGGCUAUGGCUAUAACUUUUGGACUCACAAAGUUAAUUGGGUCUAGUGGUUUGGGAAUCUGAUUAAAAUGCGUACUAUUGUUGUCAUUGUGUUUAAUUUCUUCUGUUCUUGUUUUGUUGUUGCUGCUGUUGCUAGUGGUGGUUUUGCAGCUGUUGCCAACACCAUUUGCAUAGAGGUAGACGUAUAAAAUCAUCGUGUAAUUAAGUUGUGUUCAAUCAAAUAACGUUGGAAGCCUUAUCAUGCUAUGCAACCGUUUAUUGGUUGUGAUUAAUUAAAGAUUAUUGUGAUUGUUUUGGAA